AGCAGCAGCAGAGGCAAGGAGAGGAUCCGACCCCGGAGGCGGCUGUGCUGUCAGCGUCGUCUCUCGGGCUCGGAUGUUUGCAAGGCAGGAGCUCUCGAGCUUUGGGGCCCCGAAACUUUAAUGGGAGCCAAGAGCCAGACAGGAUUUCCCCGUUUUUUCCUCAACAGUCGCUGGUCCUCGGCCAUGCCACGAUGCUGAUGAUACCAUUGCUGGUGUUGCUGAGCCUGUUGGAUCCCGUUAGUCCCCGGGCUAACUGCGCCCCGGGCCAGGCUGGCGACCCCCGGCAGCGGAGGGACGCUGGGGGCCGCGGAGGAGUAUACGAACACCUCGGAGGCGCGCCGAGACGCAGGAAACUCUACUGUGCUACUAAAUAUCAUUUACAAAUCCACUCUAAUGGGAAAAUAGAUGGAUCAUUGGAGGAAAACAACCCGUUCAGCAUCAUGGAAAUCACAGCAGUGGAUGUGGGUGUUGUGGCCAUAAAAGGGCUUUUCUCAGGCAGAUAUCUGGCCAUGAAUGACAAAGGGCGGCUGUAUGCUUCGGAAGUGUUCAACAGAGAGUGUGAGUUUGUGGAAAGGAUUCAUGAGCUGGGGUACAACACCUAUGCAUCCCGCCACCAUUCCACAGAGCAGCCGCUGCCGUUAGGGGGUGGCAGCAGCAAGCGACGAGCCAGUGCCAAGCGCCAGUGGUACGUUUCCAUUAACGGCAAAGGCCGGCCACGACGAGGCUUUAAAACUCGAAGCACGGACAAAGCCUCACUUUUUCUGCCUCGGGUUCUGGGCAACAAGGACCAUGAAAUGGUGAGGCGACUGAGGGAUAGUCAGAGUGUACACCACCACAUGCAUCAUCGCCGCAGCAGCAGUGAUCGCCGGAGACGUCGUGCCAGGAAAGGCCGGGGCCAGAGGCCAGAUAACUGAGCAGACUUAAAGAGGGGGGAGUUGACCCCAUGGCUCUAUGAUUCAUCCAAACAUGGACCCCUGAUCUUGCACAUACUGUAGCUUGAUUGCAAUGACGACUUAAAAAAAAAAACAGUUUGGAUCCUGCUUUCUGGAUUAUUCAAAGCUUUUGUCGGUCAUGGAUGCACGGACAAAGAUGGAAAGAAGGGCCAGAUUAAAGAAACUUGGACACACACACACGCACACAUACACACACACACAGCUGUGUUAUCUUUUAUUUACCGACAUCGGACUUCUUCACAGUGGUACCGCCUUGUAAACAAACUUAUUAUUGUAGUUGAAGUCCAUAGUUUGUAAAGGUUUUAACUGUGUUCAAGGCACUAUUUUACCAUUAACUUCACAAAAAGCAUUAAACCUUUUCAAAGCAGUGGUAUUUUUGUAAAUACAUUAGGUGCUAUGCAUGUACAGUAAAUUUACAGCCUUUCAUUCGUUUAAAAGCUGAUAUGACAAACACAAUGUGAUAUUUUGCUAUUUUGAAGUGCUACAAACAAAACAGAUACCGAAGAGAAGACAGAACACAGCCAAGCACUUUUUGUCAGAUUCACAUAAAGAAGCAAAUGGACACUCAGCGUCAGAUGGGACCCUGUUCAUAUUUGUGACAUUCUUACAAUGUGAUAGUCUACUGUAAACUGAAAUAUGUAUUUGUAUAUUGGUCUAAUGAUAAGAAUAUUUAUUUGGUGCCUGUGGUGUAAGUUAUUGAUAAGACUAUUUCUGCAUUUUACCGAUGUUGCUGUUUGUUUUCACUCUGCACCUGCUUACAACAUAAACAAAUAAUACUGACCUGAG